AGCGUGCUCAACUCUGGGCUGGGGAACAACACUGUUAAUCACAACCAGAAACAGACAGUCGAACACAAAACAACAACCAAACUUAGUCUCCAUGACAACAGACUGGCUGAGACCAGGGCGAGGUGUAGAUUUGGUCUGCGGGGAUGGGGAGGUGCUCGUAUGUGGCGAGAGAGAACAGACACAGACUCGGCUAGCGAUGCUCCAUCCUGCUCCUAUAGUUGUGAUUCAGAGAGACUGAUGACGCCUCAGGUUAACCCCCUAACAGGUGCUGCCUUCAGCCUGCCUUCUAUAGGAUCUAUCAACUGGAACAUGGACCCUGUGACAACACAGACACUCCCUGGCCUUCAUCCUCCUCACACCCUCCUAAUGUUAAACCAGACCUCAGACAAUGCCAGUGCCUCAACUCUAAAUAGCUACACAAGCCCACAGACAAAUGACAGUAGUAGUAACGCUAUGAGCAGAUCCAGUAGUAAAGAAAAGCGCUUCCCGUGUUCAUUCUGUGGGAAAGCCUUCAGUUUCCCCAAACAGAUGGAGAUCCACCAGAGGAUGCACACAGGGGAGAAACCAUUUGGCUGCCACCUUUGCCGGGCUAGUUUCUCCCAUUCGUCCAACCUGAAGAGGCACCAGAGAGUCCACACAGGGGAGAAACCCUACAGCUGUCCCCAGUGUGAGAAGAGGUUCUCACGCCAGCACGAUCUCAAGAUGCACCUGAAGGUCCACACUUGAGAGAGGCCGUCCACCUGUACGCACUGCGGAAAAAGGUUUUCAGAGAGGAGCUACCUCAGGAUACACCAGCAGAAAAUGCACAUGACCCAUGAAUAGUGUAUACCCACUGGGUACACCACGUCAUUUCAACAUGUAGAAUUGGGUAAUAUUUGGUAGAUACUUGGUAGAUACAUUGAUCAAUGAGAUUCCAAUCUAUUUUCAACUACUCAAAAUGACAGCUAAUAGUUUGUUGAAUUCCCAAUGUGUUAUCAAUAUGAUUUCAACCAUCGAAAAGUAAAACCAAAUUCCAAUGGAAAAAUCUAUGUCAGAUUUUUGGUUUAGUUGUCAGUUGUGUUAUCACUGAGCUUUCAACCAUGGGAAUACAAUGUCAGAUAUUUAUUUAUACAACAACUUAAUGUGUUAUGACUGUGAUUGAUCUAAUAGCACUACCAAAUGACCUCUAUUUUUGGACAACUUAAGAUGUUGUCGACCAAGUGUGUAACAUCCUAAGGUGUCUGAAAAUAGUGAUGCAAAAUGUUGUUUUAUUUAGUCAGUACACAUAUCCCCCCCCCCACCCCCCGCGGCUCACCAUUUAAAGCUAGUUAAGGAGGAAAAUUAUGCCUUUGCAGCCUGAAUGGGGGACGCUUUAUGUACGAGCCCACAGGGGAAACGAGUGUAUUACCGGGAAUGCACAUCAAUCCUAGACGAUAGUGCAGAUCUAGUGGCCACUAUAGGCUGGCUGUCCUGUAGUGGUGGAAUUGCCAUCAUACUUGAGACACUGGCGAUCUCAUAAAACAACUAUCUUAACUGGAAAUUGGUGCUGACUAUACGGAUAUCUCUCUUAGCAACCUAGAUGUUGUUUCAGCAAUAAGGCAUGAGAACCCUGGAAUUAUCCUGCGAUAACUCCCGACUAAGGGCUGUUCUUAUGCUCAAGGCAAAGCCAAGGGCUGGGGAAACAGCUCUUAGGAGCUAGUUAUCACACAGUGAUUCCCGGGUUCUCAUGCCUUAUUUCUUUCAUAAAACAUUUGUCAACAUAUAUAGUUGAAGUCGGUAGUUUACAUACACUUAGGUUGGAGUCAUUGAACCUUGUUUUUCAACCACUCCACAAAUGUCUUGUUAACACACUAUAGUUUUGGCAAGUCGGUUAGGACAUCUACUUUGAGCAUGACAUAAGUUAUUUUUCCAACAAUUGUUUACCGACAGAUUAUUUCUCUUAUAAUUCGUUGUAUCACAAUUCCAGUGGGUCAGAAGUUUACAUACACUAAGUUGACUGUGCCUUUAAACAGCUUGGAAAAUUCCAGAAAAUAAUGUCAUGGCUUUAGAAGCUUCUGAUAGGCUAAUUGACAUCAUUUGAGUCGUCAAUUGGAGGUGUACCUGUGGAUGUAUUUCAAGGACUACCUUCAAACUCAGUGCCUCUUUGCUUGACAUCAUGGGAAAUCAAAAGAAA